CCUACAUUCUAUGGGCCCGAGCGGGCCGUGUGUUGUUCGAACUCGACCUCCAGGCUCGAGCAAUUCGCGGUCGCGGUGAUGACUAGGGCUUUGAACCUCGUCCUUGGUGUCGCUUCACUGAGGGCGGUCCUCUGCCUCCCUAAUGGCUUACAAUCGGCGUAUACUGCAGCUGGUGCAUUCCCCACCAGUUUAUAUGCGUCGUAUUACAACGACCCCACUGCUACGACGGCUGAGCCUCAGCCAGUUGUCUCCGAUCCUGUCACGCAUGAAAUCUAUCCGUACUGGUUGACGAACGCGGAAGAGAUCCCACAGAACGACACUGAGGAGAUCCAUCCUCUGCCGCCUCCGGCGAACUCUUCGGUGUUCCUCGAGACGGCUGUCGCGCAGAUCGUCUCGAUAGCGAAGAAUCCUAUCUUCGCAGCUGACUCCUGCGCAGCCUGUCAGGCCGCGCUCGAGGUCGCCAAGUUCCUGGUGAUGGCGCAACCCCAGCAGGGCCCAAACCUCGCCGUGCGUCUGUGCGAGUACUUCAACUACAGCACGACCCUCGAUUGCGAGACGACGUAUGGGAUAUACACACUUGGCUCGGUCAUGACGCAGACGAUCGCGGCCGCAGACGUCGGAGGCUACGACGGGCAGACCAUAUGCAACCAGUUUCUUAGUCUCUGUCCGAGGCCGCCCACGAGUCCCCUUGACUUAGACAGUUGGUUCGCGAAGCCGAAACCUAACCCGCUCCCUCCGCCCAAGCAACCCACGGGGGAGCGCCUGAAGAUCCUACACUUAUCCGACUUGCAUAUCGAUCCUCGUUACGCUAUCGGAGCGGAGGCGAACUGCAGCCAGUACUUGUGUUGCCGCGUGAACGGCUACAACGAGAACAGUCUCAACCAGACAGUGCAGCCUGCCCCCCGUUUUGGUGCCUUCAAUUGCGAUUCCCCCUACCCCUUGAUUGUCGCAGCGUUGCAAGCGGUGCCGGCCCUCACAGGCACGGAAGAGACGGGCUUCGACUUCACGAUCUAUACUGGCGACCUAAUCCCCCACGACCCCGCCAACGAGCUUUCAAGGGCUUACACGGUCUACUCCGAGUCCGUCUUGUAUGACCUUAUCAAGCGGCUUGUCAACACCGGGCCCGUAUACGCUGUGCAGGGCAACCACGACACGUACAACAUAGAACGGACACCUGACUAUGACUCCGAUAGGGCAAUGAACUCGCCGUACAACAUCGGGAACGCGCUGUGGGAGCUAGAAGACUGGAUUGACGGAGACACGGCGCAGCAAGCGCGCACGCAUUACUCGGCGUACUCUGUGCAGCGUCAGGACGGUUUGAGGAUCAUCACGAUCAACACAGAUUUCUGUGCACAGAACUACUUCAAUUACAUCGACUUGGCUUCGUCGGACAACUCGGGCAUGCUGCGGUUCUUGACCGAUGAGCUGCAGGACGCGGAAGAUACGGGUGACAGAGUGUGGAUCUUGGGCCAUGUUCUCAGUGGCUGGGACGGAACCGAGCCUCUGGAGAACCCGUCGAACUUGUUAUCCUUGGCGUGCGUACUCAACUUGUUCCGAAGUGUCGAUCGUUACUCGCCGCAUGUCAUCGCAGCCAUCUUCUUUGGGCAUACACACGAAGACCAGCUUACUAUCUUUUACGCGAACAACGCCACGAACAUCAGCGCCGAGAAUGCGCAGACUGUGGCAUGGAUCACUCCGUCGGUUACACCUUUGACAAACCUCAACUCAGGGUUCCGUAUCUACGAGGUGGAUUCAGGCACAUUCGAUAUCCUUGAUGCCUACACGUGGCAGGCCGAUGUCAACGCUUUCGGCGGUUUGGACGGUCAGACCGAAUAUGGGCCAACGUUUGAACUUGAAUACAGCACUCGCGAAGCGUAUGGCGAUAGUAUCACUGGAUGGGGUCCGGACGACCCUCUCAACGCGACUUGGUGGCAUCUCGUCACGGAAGCCAUGGAGACGAACUCGUCUCUCAUACAGCUGUACAACCUGUACCAAAGCAAGAGCUCAGUCAUGACGCCCGAGUGUACGGGUGAAUGCCUCACCGCCAAGAUAUGCUACUUGCGUAGUGGAAGUGCCAGCCUUUCGCUUGCUAAUUGUCCAGCCGGGUACGGCAGCACGCAGGGUGGGGCGUACCCUUGAAGGUUGGAUAGUGGUGUAGGUUUGUGUCCUGCUGGUGUGUUGUGUCAGGCGCUGAGUGGCACGACGGUGUGGGACAAGACCAGUGGCAAUGUAUAUACAGCUGCGAGCGCAAUGUCAGUUGUAUUGUUCAUGCCUGUAUAUGCAAAGGAGAUCGUUGUCACGACAUUGACCCG